CCGUCGGCUUUCUGUUUGACAAGUAUGGCCCAACGCCGCUCAUUCUGGUCGGCACGUUCUUGCAUGUGUUUGGGCUCAUGAUGGCGUCCCUGGCGACCGAGUACUACCAGUUCCUCUUGGCCCAGGGUGUUUGCAGUGCAAUCGGUCUGAGUUUUUUGUACUCGCCCGCGAUUUCCACUAUUGCAACAUGGUUUCACAAAAAGAGAGGCCUAGCGAUGGGCGUCAUGGUGACCGGCUCGUCUCUUGGCGGCGUCGUCUUCCCCAUCAUGAUCAACCGCCUGAUUGAGAAUCCCAGUACCGGAUAUCCCUGGGCCAUGCGCAUCUCCGCCUUUCUCAUCUUGGCCCUGCAAAUCGUCGCAAUUUUCACCCUCCGGACGAGAACAGCACCAGCUCCCAAGAAGACGCAGGCCGUAACCCUGGCCGCUCCCUUCAAGGAGUUCCCUUUCGUCAUGAUGUUGCUGGGAAUGUUCAUCCUAAUGUACGGCAUCUUCAUUCCUGUCAACUUCUUGGCCUUGCAGGGUUUGGAGCAGGCCCACGUGUCCGAAUCCAUGUCGCUUUACUUGGUGGCCAUCUUCAAUGGUGCGAGUCUCUUCGGGCGUUUGGGCUCUGGAUACUGGUCUGACAUCGCCGGCCGAUGGAACGUGUUCAUCAUCGCCGGCGCCGCCUCGGGCAUCAUCGAGCUGGCCCUCUGGAUCCCGGCCACAUACGAGGCCGCCACCAUUGGCUUCGCUGUCGCGUUCGGCUUCCUCUCAGGCGCCUUCGUCAGUCUCCUCGCGGCCCUGCCGGCGACCGUGUCCCCUCUGCCCGAGAUCGGCUACCGCAUCGGCGUUGUCAUGCUCAUCCUCUCGCUUCCCGCGCUCACCAUGGCGCCCAUCGGCGGGAGCAUCUUGCAGAGCGCGAGUUCUGUAGACGACGGCUGGCUGCACGUCAAGAUCUUUGGAGGUGUCAUGUCCCUGGCUGGUUCGGCAGUCGUCUUCUAUGCCAAGACUCUCUACACUAAGAAGUUCUGGGCGGUGUUUUAAAG